UUUCACAAAGAUAUGGUGGAAUAGUUACUUUAACUACUGUAGCAUACCACUUGUCCAUCUGAACGACGAACAAUUGAUUCAGAUUUAGCUUGUUCUAAAUAGGUACAAAUGUUGUGGUGUUACCUGAGGCAAUGUGUCAGUGAAAGAGAAAUAUAAACAGUGAUCUCGGAGAGGACAGCAGGUGAAGGUUCGUGGAUUCAAGGACUUUCACUGUUCAGCUCAUUUUAAAUGUGUGAUUAUUGGGGGAAUAUUCAGCUCACAAAUUAACAUUCAUGAGCAGUCAGGUCUAGAUCUCUUCUGCAUCAGUUGAGGAGAAUAUUAUGCAGCAAUAAUUAAAGGACUAAUAGUUUACAAAUUGAAGAUAGGCUCAUUUUGCAAUAGAGUAAUACCAGCAUUCUUCAUGUUCUUGGCCAAAGAAAUUGAUUUUUGUGAAUUGUGUUAGAUCCAGGGAUUUAUUUGAUGUUCUUAUAUUGACUCGCUUUAUCCGAGUGACAGAAUCGAGCAAUUACAACUAACAACACAAUGUUACAGAAACAAUUAAUUAUUAUCUAAUGUGGAAGCCUGACUUGAAUCAAGCCUACCGGUGACAUAGCUUGGAGAUAUAAUCGCUGUGCUAUUCCCUGCUUUCGGCAGCUCAGAGAUUCAGACUACUCGUUGAGCCACAGUAAGAGUGUAUGUUGUUUUUGUUCUACACUGACAAGAAGUAAGUUUGAUGUGAACACAGAAUGUUAUCCUAUAUGAUGCUUGUCCAGGGAGGAAUUUUGUAGCAGUUGUAGAAAGUGUUCUUUAGGCAUUGUCUAAUAAACAGUCAGGGAAGCACAGAGACAGCAAAUAUUGUAUUGGAAUUUAGAAAGCUUGCUGCUAUUAACAUAUUCCAGAUUGUGUUUAACAACAGGAUUACAUUUAGAGUAAACCAGUUCUCUGUGACAUUAUGGGAAAUAAGUUGAGGAAACUGCUUCCUGGUCGAAGUACAGAAGAUGAGUCUGUUACUGGAAAGGAAGGAACUUACACAGAAAAGCAUGAAGUGGAUACAGCGCAGGAAACAGGAACCAGUCAAACUGAACCUCAAAAUGAGAACACCUCGGGUAAAAUGUCAAAGAACUCGGAUUGUACUGCUGGUGUGAAAUCCGAGACCUCGGAAUCCCCACCCUCUUCAAAUGCGGGGGAUGGGGGAGAAGCAUCUGAAGAUCAACAGGAACAGAAGACAAAGAGCAAGUCGGCCACACCUCCCAGUGAUGAUGUGGCGGACGAGAUCUCCAGCUCCCAGUUCCCCCUGAAGAACAUCGUCAGGAACCGGCGGGGGGCAGUCAGUGCCGAGGUGUACAAAGAGGAGGAUGCCGCCCAAUACGUCAAAAAGGUAGUGCCAAAAGAUUACAAGACAAUGGCAGCUCUCUCUAAGGCAAUCUCAAGAAAUGUUUUAUUCUCACACUUAGAUGAUAAUGAACGAAGUGAUAUUUUUGAUGCCAUGUUUCCCGUUCACCGCCAUGCAGGGGAAGUAAUUAUUCAGCAAGGAGAAGAGAAAUGUAUGCGAGUCCGGCCAACCUAUUGCUGGAUAAAUGAUUGCAGUAUAUGCAUUAAAGGAGAUGAAGGAGACAAUUUCUAUGUGAUAGACCAAGGGGAGGUUGAUAUUUUCGUGAAUGAUGAACAUGUAACAACCAUUGGAGAGGGAGGAAGUUUUGGUGAGCUGGCUCUCAUUUACGGCACCCCAAGGGCAGCGACGGUCAAGGCUAAAGGAGAUGUGAAGUUGUGGGGUAUUGAUCGAGAUAGCUACAGAAGAAUUCUAAUGGGUAGCACAAUCAGAAAGAGGAAGAUGUAUGAAGAAUUCUUAGGAAAGGUUUCAAUACUAGAUAACUUAGACAAGUGGGAGAGGUUGACGGUAGCUGAUGCCUUGGAGCCGGUCCAGUUUGAGGAUGGUCAGGAGAUUGUGCGACAGGGUGAACCAGGCGAUGACUUCUUCAUCAUUACAGAGGGCUCAGCUGCUGUGUUACAGAGGAGGUCAGAAAAUGAUGAACCCGUGGAGGUUGGCCGACUAGGGGUCUCCGACUAUUUCGGUGAGAUAGCUUUAUUGUUGGACAGACCUCGCGCAGCAACUGUUGUGGCCCGCGGCCCGUUAAAGUGUGUCAAGCUGGACAGAGCCCGGUUUGAGCGGGUCCUGGGACCGUGUUCUGACAUUCUUAAGAGGAACAUAGCACAAUACAACAGUUUUGUGUCCUUAUCUGUGUGAUUAACCAAAGAUUGACAACUUACAUAUAGUAUUUUAUUUUAUGGUUAAUGACUGCGUUCAUUGCCAACGUGUUGUUUCAGAUCAUGUUAUAAUAUAUUGAUUUUUCUCAAGCUGCAAUACUGUCAGAAAUCCGUUGGGAAAGGAUCUCUGUUUUUGAAUUUUGAUUGCUUUUCCAAAUUCUGCAUUUUUUAAAAUUGGGAUCGGGAAAUACUCAUACCAUAUCAACUGACCCUUUUAAUUGUGUUGGAUAAAGAAGACGUUUUCAUACUGCAUCUAUAGCCCUUCCCCAUUAAUGCUUUCCUUUAUUUAAAGAAGUUCGAUAGAAUGAUAUGCAUGUUUAUAAAUGAUGCAAUAUGAUGAAAUACAGCCGCUUUUGUUACAUACUUUGUAGAUUGAUAUUUUAUAAAUAUCAUCAGGGGAAAUUUCAUUAAAUUUGCAAAUAAAUAUGUAAAAGAA